AUGUCAUUUUCAAAUCUUGUGUCCGACCUUGCAUUGAGGGACAACUAUGAAGAUCGCAGCUCCCAGAUCUCGAACGCACGAUCCCAGAUCACUGCUCGAUCAUAUACAAGUACAGCAGCUACAAGUGUUAGCAUAGCCGGUGAUAUCUCGAGCCAGCUUCAUUCCGGCUACAGCCACCCGCUCAGCAGGUCAUGGCAAGCAGAGAGGCAAUUGACAAAGGAAAUGCUAAUCUACCCACUUUUCAUCACCGAUAACCCAGAUGAAGAAACACCGAUCCCGUCACUCCCUAAUCAGCACCGUCGGGGAUUGAAUCGAUUGGUACCAUUCUUGAGACCACUUGUUCAAAAGGGACUUAGGUCUGUCAUUUUGUUCGGUGUUCCUUUGCAUCCUUCUGCGAAAGAUGCGUUGGGGACUUCCGCGGAUGACCCGGCUGGUCCUGUUGUCCAAGCCAUUCGCCUCCUCCGAUCGCGCUUCCCUGAACUGUACAUCGUGACUGACGUUUGCUUGUGUGAAUACACAUCCCAUGGUCACUGUGGUAUUCUGCGGGAAGAUGGCACGCUCGACAAUACGCAGUCUGUUGAUCGAAUCUCGGAUGUUGCUUUGGCCUAUGCUAUCGCCGGUGCGCAUUGUGUCGCCCCGUCCGACAUGAAUGAUGGGAGAGUUCGUGCUAUAAAGUUGAAACUGAUCGAGGCCGGUCUUGCCCAUCGUGUGCUGUUGAUGUCUUACAGUGCAAAGUUCAGCGGCUGCCUCUACGGCCCGUUCCGUGAUGCGGCUGGUUCAUGCCCGUCAUUUGGGGACCGCAGGUGCUAUCAACUCCCCCCUGGCGGCCGUGGACUAGCCCGAAGGGCCAUUCAAAGAGACAUUGGCGAGGGCGCAGAUAUAAUCAUGGUAAAGCCGGCUAGCAGCUAUCUUGAUAUCAUCAGAGACGCGAGAGAGCUUGCGAAGGAUAUCCCAAUCGCCGCUUACCAGGUUAGUGGCGAAUAUGCAAUGAUACAUGCCGGAGCAAAGGCUGGGGUCUUUGACUUGAAGUCGAUGGCCUUUGAAAGUACAGAAGGGAUCUUACGCGCUGGUGCCGGAAUCAUCGUGAGCUAUUUCGUACCUGAGUUUCUAGAGUGGCUUUAG